AUGCCUCCGAAGACGCGUGGUAGACGAAGUGGGGCUGGAACUCGGGGUGGUCGAGGCCAUGGUCGUGGCCGUGGAGUGCCACCAGAGGAUGAAGUUAGUCAGCAUGGGGAGAACCCAGGUGGAAAUCCGGGGGCUGGGGCCGGUCGAGGUGCGGGGAUACCGCCUAAUCAAACUCAAUUUGCUAGGGACCUCGUUGCAGCACUUACAGCUGCAAAUCUUUUGAACCAAGCUCCUAGGGAGAAUGUCGAGGAUCGCGCUAUGGUAGCAAUGAGGGAGUUUAGUCGUAAGAACCCUCCGGUGUUCGACGGGACUAGUAGUGACCCGUUGGUAGCCGACCAUUGGCUAGCUCAGAUCCGCAAACUCUUUAGAGCUCUAAAUAUCACUGAAGAUACUAUCAGAGUGGGUAUCGUGGCUAUUCAAUUAGUUGGGGAAGCUGGUGAAUGGUGGGAAUCUGUCCUAGAGAGUAGAAAGGAUGCAAGAAGGGCGGCAAGGAUUGCAGCUCAAGUGAACGAACUGGAUGUUGAAAAUUUGACAUGGGCUGAGUUUGAGACGCUCUUUGAGGAUCAAUACUUUCCGGAAACUUCACGUGAGAAUUUGAGGGAACAAUUUGAGAAGCUAGAACAAGGAAAUAUGACCGCUUCAGAGUACGUACAGAAAUUUCAAUCUUUGUCCCGUUUCGCCCCAGAGUUGGUGGUGACGGAAGAGAGGAAGUGUCGACGGUUUGAAAAGGGACUGCAUAACACCGUGAGAAGAAUGGUGAUGGUCCAACGUAAGAUGAAAUUCUCUGAAGUUGUGGAAUGUGCAAGGAGCAUCGAGAUACCGAAAUACAAGGGCUUGGGAGCCAAGACAGAUCACUUCGCUUGGAGUUGCCUUCAAGGGGCAGGAGUGCAUAGUGAGUCGGGCUCUGUACAGCAGCCGGGGGUAGGACGUGGUGUUGGCCAGCAGUCAUUUAGGGGUAUUCAGAGGCAGCAGCCGCCUCAUUUCCGCCAAACAUCAUCAGUUCAGAGUUCUGGAGUUGACAGGGGAGCGAGUUCGUCCGCACCUUCCCAAGGUUCCGGUCAAGGAGAAGGUUUUGUGCAAAGACAGGGGGCUCCAGAAACAUCGGUUGUAAGGGGUACUUUUCUUCUAUUCAACUCUUUUGCUCGAGUACUCUUUGAUUCUGGAGCAUCGCAUUCUUUCAUUGCUGCGUCAUUUGUGUGUGCAUUGGAAUUGGACACCGAGAAUCUUGAUUCGCCUUUGUUUGUUGAGACACCAUUAAGGGGAAAAUCAUCUCUAAAUCGUAUCUGUAUGGGGUGCGAGCUCAUUAUUUGUGACCGUCGCUUCGAUUUUGACUUUAUCGUGCUAAACAUGUCGGGUUUUGACCUCAUUCUUGGAAUGGAUUGGUUGUCUACAUUCCACGCUGCGAUCGAUUGUUUUAAGCGUCGUGUUCGCAUAUGUCCGCCUGAGGGUGUUUGUUUCGAAUUCCAUGGGGAGCGUCGGGAACCGUUAGCACUGUAUUUGUGUGGGUCUCGAGAAAUGGAGUCAGUUUAUGCUAUGUUGGCGAGCUUGACGUUAGAUGACGAUAUGUCGUCGUGUGGGGAGUUACCCUUGGUAGUUCACGAGUUUCCCGACGUAUUUCCGGAAGAGUUACCCGGUUUGCCUCCCGAGAGAGAAAUCGAGUUCACGAUAAACUUGCUUCCAGGCACCGCUCCUAUUUCGAUUCCUCCUUAUCGCUUUGCACCCGUGGAACUUAGAGAGUUGAAAGUUCAGCUGCAGGAGUUAGAAAAUUUGUAG